AAAAAGACCCCGCUUUUUUACUUUUCUGAAAACAAAAAGACGUCUGCUGCGGCUCUGCCCAUAACUCCAUGGCCGGUAGAAAGCUUGUUAGGGACUUGUUCCUCCACAGACAAUCCCUCUACCUUCACUCUCAGGCUUCAGGCACGAAAACUCGAUUGCUUAUAGGAAACGGGUAUUCCGGGAAUCGUCUAUACAGUGUCUUCAAUGAGUUUUCGAAGCAAGUCAAGGAGGAAACCAAUAAGAAUCCGCAGUUUAAAAAGACGGUCAAGGAGCUGAAGGAGCAGGUGGAAGAGCUCAAGGGGGUCAAAGAAGACCUGAAAGUUAGAACAAAGAAGACAACAGAGCAGCUGUACAAGCAGGUGGAUGGUGUUUGGACAGAGGCUGAAGAAGUAGCAAAGAAGGUCUCUGCAAACGUAAAAGAGAAGAUCUCAGCUGCCACAGAAGAGGUCAAAGGAUCUUUUCGAAUAGGAAAAGAGCAGGCUUCAGGGUCUACUGGUGCUUCAGAUGAUCAUGUUGCUGAUGAGAAGAACGAAAACAAGGCCUCGUCCACUGAAGACAAACACCAGCACUCAGGGUCGAGUGACAAUGCCAAAACAUUCUUUGCUAAAUAUAGGUCAAGGGUUUCUUCAUCAAAUUUUUCCUCUUUCCUUCAUAGAUUUAAGGAAGCAAAGUUUGUUGACAUGGCCAAAAAAGGAUAUGACAUUUUAAAGGAUGAGUUAAAUGGUAAUCCAAGUAAGAAAAAGCAUCUAGGACUUGACCCUUCAUCCAUCCCGCGAGUUGAAAGAAGUGCGACAAGUGACAUUUCUGUUGUACCCACCAAACAAUCUCGUUUGAGCAAAAAGUGGGAGGCUAUCAGAAUGAAGAUGCAAUCAAAUCCUAUAGUCAAGCGUAUCAGUGGCAUAAGUGAACCCGUUAAAAUAAAAGGCGAGGAGAUCAUUGAUGAGAUGAAGGAACGCUUGGAAACUACUGAUAGCCCAAUAGUUCACAAAUUUCUGGAUAUCAAUGAAGCUAUUUUUCAAGAAACAGAUGCUGCAGCAUCAAUCAAGGAGAUCCAUGCCCGAGAUCCGUCUUUCUCAUUACCUGACUUUUUGGUCGAAGUACAGAAUGCGGUCAAACCGGUGCUAAAUGCUUACACGAAGGGAGAUAUCGAAACAUUGAAGAAGUACUGUGCUAAUGAGGUUAUUGAGCGGUGUAAAGCUGAGCGUCAGGCUUUUCAAAACCAUGGCAUCUUUUAUGAUAACAAGAUUCUACAUAUAUCUGAGGUGGAUGUAAAAGAAACCAAAAUGCUGGGAGACUCUCCCACAAUCAUUGUAUUGUUCCGAACACAGCAAGUCUAUUGUGUACGUGAUAAAAAUGGUGCAAUAACAGAUGGUGGUGAGGAUACGAUCCAAACUGUACUACAUGGCUGGGCCAUGCAACCCUGUGAUCCCGAAGAACUUCCUGAAGGUGCUCUAUUUUCGAUAUGGAUAGUAAGAGAAAUGCAACAAUAUGGAAUUCAAGCCCUAAUUUAGUUUAUUUUUCUGAUCUUAACUGAUUUGUGUCAUUUUGUUUUUCCUGUGUUGUCACAACUUCUCUGAGUAUUGUGAUUUAUCACCGGGAAUUUUGUAUUAUAUAUUUCAAUUCAAUGUAGUUCUUUACUGAGAGAAACAAAUCUAGAUUCCUCCAAAAUUUAUUUUUUGGGAGGGACAGAUUUCAUUCUGAACAAAUAAAGAUUGUCUAUACGAA